AUGAUCGUGGUGUCUUAUAUCAAUCAUGGUAUUAAAUUGUAUGAGUGGCAUGUAAGUCAUAAAGUACUAAAAGCAUUCACCAGUUCGCUACCUUCACUAAAACCAAAAACGAUUUAUCUAGAGAAAGAUGAAUACAAGAAUCUGUUUCAGGCAAUAGAAGGUAAUACAAAAGGAAGGUAUUAUUUGUUGGUGGGGGAAAAUGGGACAGGAAAAUCACAAAUGGUAUUUCAGGCGAUGGAGAAAUGCAAUCAGUUUGGUGUGGUUAUUUGUGAAGCUCAUUCCAACACAGAAAUAUUUAAAACACGACUGGGUAGAUCAUUGAAUUAUACUUUUAGAGAAGAUUACAUCGGUGGAUUGUUUGCUAGAGAAGCUCCAGAACGAGGUUCAGCAUUGUUGGAUAUUGAGAAGGCAUUGAAUGUGGUUGAGGGGGUGGCAUACAAAUAUAAAGGAAAAUAUAAUAAACCACUUGUGCUCAUAAUCAAUGAUAUUCAUGCAUUAAAAGAUGAUGAAGAUGGUGAAGAUAUGUUAGAACUGUUGCAACAAAGAGCUGAAGCAUGGGCUUCAUGUAAUGUUGUCACAAUGAUUUUUAAUACUGAUGAUUAUUGGGUUUAUGAAAGAAUGAGAACGAGUGCUUCGCAUAUGGAAGUUGUUAGAGUACGUGAUUUGAACAAGGAUGAGGCAAUUGAAUUCCUGAAAGAUAAAAGAAAAGAUAAAAUAAAUGGAUGUGAAUCUGAUGAAGUAUUGGGGAAGAUUGUGAGUGAAUGCAUCGGUGGCAGAAUAUUAUAUUUAAAUAAAUUGGCUAAAGAAACUAAUAUAGAUUUAUUUGAGGCUGCAAAUAAAUUAAAGGAAGAACAGAAAACUUGGUUGAUAAAUUUGAUUGGCUUAAUUCCAAACUUUAAUGGAUUGGAAGUUGAAUCACAACGAUAUGCAGUAGCAGCUUGGAAAUUGAUUCGAGAACUAGUUCAUUCACCAACAAAAGCCAUAUCAAUGGUUGAUGCAAGAUUAAUAAUUGGUAAUUCAAGAUAUUUGAAAAAAUUAGAUCAUGAUGGAAUAAUAAUGGUUGAUCAGGACAAUAAAAUAAAACCAGACUCACAGAUUAGUUAUGUUAUUUUUGAAGAGAUAAUCAAAUCGCCAAACUUCAAUCAGAUACUGAAAAAAGUUGAUCAGAAAUUAGAGGAAACUGAUAAAAAUCAAAGAAUUAGAGAAAUUAUUUGGAGUAAUAAAAACAAUUGGUGGAAAUUUUGGUGA